CGAGGGUGGAAUUGAACCCAGGUCUCCUAGCUGUGAGGUCUGUGCAGCCCUCAGCCAUAACCAAUGAAAUGGUUUUCUGGGAUGAAAUGCAUUAUAGUAUUUUUUUUUAUAACUUGUAUAUUUCUUAGCUACCCUUUGAGUGUAAAGUUGUGUGAUGAAUAUAGUGUUCUUAGUAAGAUGACAGCGUGAGUCAGACUGUUAUACAGAUUUCGAUUUGCUAUGCCAGGACACGCAAACUCCAGAUUCCCCAGAGUUAUGUUUUUAUAAACCGAAACCCCCCAUCCCAAUAACAUAUUCAUACAUCUCUUACUUUUUUUUUUUUUGCGUGAGAGGGAAAAAAGAGGCGAUGAUGCAACUCCCCACUAAUGGAUUUCACUUCACAGCAAUUUUAAGCCAUAAAAAGGGCAGAAGUGCUCAACAUUUGAAUUUGAAUAGGAAAGACAUACAGGGAGGAAGUGUAAGAAGGUGGAUUAGUUAUGCAUGUAAGGACAUUUUAAGCGCAUAGUUCAGUAACAAAUAUGAAAAUUGUCAAUACUUCAUGGUGUUACAGUAUAUUUGUCAAUAAAUUGUGUUGUUUAUGUUCGUAUAGUUGUUUAGAUAUUUGGUUGGCCUUGACAAACCGAAUCAAACAUUCGACUCUGACAACUGGCUUGACAGACUUGGCAGUAGUGUGUCGCCAUGUCAGCGUGACAAGUUACUAACCGGGGAUCAUCUUUUAUUUUGGGUUUCAUCAUAAAAGUCUCUGGCAACAGCACUCCAUUGAGCCAUCCGUCUUUCUACGGGGAGGGUGGGGGGUUGAAACCUGAGAGAGAGCUUCAGGCCCAUAGAAACAGCCUACUCGUUUAAUUUUACAGGUCAUAUCCUUAGAAAUAAACAGAGUAAACAUUUUUAGAGUUUGCAUCAUGACAUCAUGUGACUGCACUUAAAUCAGAGGACACCCAAUCCCCCCCUCCUCCCCUUUUGCCCUAGUUUUUUUUUUUUUUUUUCUUGAGCAUAUAGUCUGUGGCAUCAACACCCCAAAGAGCGACAUUGCAACAUUGCUGGACAAACGGACUGAAGGACAUUUAAUAGUAGUCACUACCAAUUUUCAUUUUAUUCUGCCUAAUCGCUGUCAGGAAUUGUAAACGUUUUCCCCCAAGUGUCUUGUUCUGGGAGGCGUCCACAAAAAUGCCUGCUGUAGCCAGACUUCCCAGAUUCUCCCAGGAGCAUCAAAAGAUCAGCCGUGCUCAAAUCUUCCUCAGAAGUCCCACAUUGCCCAGGCAGGCCCCCCAUGUUCAGAAUGGCCCCACACCAGAAGAAAUGGAUCUCCAAAGGAGGCAGCUUCAGGAGCUGCAAAGGCAGAAGGAGAUGGAACGGGAGCGACAGGAACGCGAGUGUCAAGAGCGGGAGCGCCUGGAGCGAGAGAUGCAAGAGCGCCAGGAACGUCAGGAGCGUGAACGUCAAGAACGUGAACGUCAAGAGCGGGAGCUUCAAGAAAGGGAGGCUCAGGCGGAGAGGGAGCGACUGGAGCGUGAGAGGAUGGAGAGGGAGAAGGUGGAGAGAGAGCGGCAGGACAAGGAGCAGCAGGAGCAGUUGGACAGAGAGCAGCAAGACUGGGAGAGAGGGAGACGCGUCUCCAACGCUGCUUUCGAAAGCACCCUGUACAGCCCCACUCCUCAGGAGUACAACAGAGCAUCCUCCACGCCCUCAUCUCCAUCCACACCCACUUACCAGGCUCCUGGUGCACUUUCGUCCUCAUCCGCAACACCCCCCACACCGCCCCUGAGGCACUCGGCAUCCCGAUUCGCCACCUCGCUCGGCUCUGCCUUCCAUCCAGUUCUUCCGCACUACGCCACCGUCCCAAGGAGACAGCAGGCAUUUUCCCAGGCACCACCUCCGGUUCCGGCUCCUGCUCCGGUCCCCAACCCCGUCUCGGCACCCAAGUCUGCGGUGUGUUCGGCAUACAACUUCACUCCCUUGCCUCCAUCACCCCCGGUCAUGAUAAGCAGCCCCCCAGGGAAGGCCACAGGCCCACGGCCACUCAUCCCCAUAGCGGCCCCAUCUCCUCUCACCCAGAAGCCCCCCUCGCCGUCGUCCAACGGCCCACCCAUGUUUCCUGCCCCGUCCCCGGUCACCAUCCUGCCACACAACCACCCGGUCGGCACAGUAUGCCCCACGCCGCCACCGCCACCCACCCCGCCGCCAUUUGCUUCUUCCGUGGCACCCCAUACUUCUUUGUGCGUCUCGUCUCCCCCCUCCUCAUCCCAUGCUCCUGGUUUGCCCUCUCCCUCCACAGUGACCUCUGCUGCCGCAGUUGCUUCCGCGGAGCACCUCUCCCUCCCCGUGGGCCAGGGCCUAUCAGGGCAAGGGGACUCUGACCCGGCAGCAAGCCUAGAGACCCACCAACUCGUAGCGGGGUCCUACAAUCAGCCCCAGGACAUUGUGCAGACCGCGGAGUCGAAUGCACCCGCCCCUCCUCCACCCCCGCCCCUACCACCCGGGUCCGCCACCGUGACCACUGGAGUUGCCACGCCGGCUAUAACCCCCACCACACCAUCCGGACACCCUCCCCCACCUCCGGCUCCACCUCUACCCCCUACCUUGACUCCAGCCGGGACCCCGACGACACCACCAGGUCCACCUCCUCCUCCAGGGGCGCCGCCCCCUCCGCCGGCACCUCCCCUUCCCUCUGGUCUCUUCUCUCCUGCAGAGGACCGUCCCCUCUCAGGCCUGGCUGCCGCCCUUGCGGGGGCAAAGCUACGCAAAGUGCCAAGGAGUGAUGAUGCAGGGGCAGCUCUGGCAGCAGCCUUGUCAGGGGCUGCUGGGGCUGUGGGGGCCAAACCGGAGUCCAGGGGUAAUGGCCCCCUUCCUGGUGGAGGUGGGCUCAUGGAAGAGAUGAGCGCCCUACUGGCCAGAAGGAGAAGAAUUGCAGAGAAGGGGUCCUCACCUGAACCAGAUCUGAAAUCGGAGGACGGCGAGAUAACCACAACCCCCAAAGUGUCUGCAUGUAGCACGCCAGACAUGCCCAGGAAGCCAUGGGAAAGAACAAACAGCACGAUGAACGGUAGCAAAUCUCCCGUUAUAGGAAGACCUAAAUCCACUCCAACACCCGCAUCUCUAAGUGCCAACGGAGUACCAACGGAAAGUGUUGACUACGACCGAUUGAAACAGGACAUUCUGGAUGAGAUGCGGAAGGAGCUGACGAAGCUAAAAGCAGAGCUCAUCGAUGCCAUCAGGGAGGAACUGGGCAGGUCCAGUACAGCAUAGAAGAAGCAGCCCCGGCUCCCUGUUCUCCACAUCCACGCCCACGUGACCUGACUUUGGUCAGUCUCGGACAUGGCACGGUAGCGGUGAUGACAAUGAAGACACAAAAAAAAACAUGCAUACUUGAGAGGGGAGGACUUUCUGGGACGACGCAGCAUCGUCCCUUCAGUAGGUGGUGUUCAUACACCCUCAGUAACGGGACCCCUCCUCCUCCUCCUCUUUUUCUUCUUCUUCUUCUUCUUCCUCCUUUCUCCUGCUGAGGACGUCGCAUCCCGGAGGACUCGGCAUUCUGGAAGAAAAAGCGCAUGUCUUUUAUGCAAACAAAAAACAAAACAAUUACUCUUUUUUUCAUCCUGAUAAAAAUACAAAAAAAGGAACUGAUCAAAGAUACUGUAAAGAUGGAUGCUGAUUUUUCUAUCAAAAGGCAUGUUUAUUAAGAGCGUUGAAUGGAAAAAUGCUAUACUUCCCCCUCCCCAUAAUGCCAUAGGGGUAGCGUCAUGUACGUGAAUGCGUGCGUAUGCGGCAGUCCGCCACUCGUCUUCCUCGAAAAAAGAACGCUCAUUAAAAAAAAAAAAAAAACAGUUUUAAGCGUAUACAUCAACG